GAGAGGCAGAGGGGAUUGAGGGGGUAGAAGGGAUUUAGGGGGGCACAGGGAUUUGGAGGGAAGAGGAGAUUAAGGGGCCCGCAGAGAUUGGGGUGAGGAAAUGGGAUUUGGGGCACACAGGGAUUUGGGGACCCCCCCGCCACCGUGUCCCCGAGGCCUCACUGACCCCCUGCCCCUCCUUCCCAGAGCACCUUCCGUGUCCUGGCUCCGCCCGGUCCCAGCCCGGGCUCCCGCUUUUCCCGCCUCUGGAAAUAUGUCCGAGGGAGUGGAUCUGAUUGACAUCUACGCCGACGAGGAGUUCACCCAGGACCCGGAGUUCAGUAAUGCUGACCAGAUGGAUCUCUACGACGACGUGUUAGCAGCCAGCUCCCAGCCCCAGGAAAAGCGUUCCAGCAGCUCGGAAGCGCCUCCAGAGAUCCGUCAGGAGCCGUCUCCCAAGCCCAACAGCAAACCCCCAGCCAUCCUGUACACCUACAGCGGACUCCGGAACAAGAGGGCCGCCGUCUACGUUGGGAGCUUCUCCUGGUGGACGACUGACCAACAGCUGAUCCAGACCAUCCGCUCCGUCGGAGUCUACGACGUGGUGGAACUGAAAUUCGCGGAGAACCGAGCCAAUGGCCAAUCCAAGGGGUAUGCGGAGGUGGUGGUCGCCUCCGAGAACUCGGUCCAUAAACUCCUGGAGCUGCUUCCCGGAAAGAUCCUGAAUGGAGACAAGGUGGAGGUGAGGCUGGCGACCCGUCAGAACCUGUCGCAGUUCGAGGCUCAGGCUCGCAAACGUGUGCCACCACGGGCCCACUCCCGAGAUUCCAUGGAUGCAGUGGACGGCCGGGCGACGCCGACAGAGAACGCGCUGCCCCCUGCCCGCAUGGAGAAGCCCCCCUCAGUCCUGCCCUUCUUCAGCCGCCCCCCUGCGCUGCCCCUCAUGGGGCUGCCCCCCCCUCCCAUGCCCCCCCCGCCUCCCCUCUCCUCCGCUUUCGGAGUCCCUCCACCUCCUCCCGGAAUUCCCUACCAGCACCUGCUGCCGCCGCCACCCCGGCUGCCCCCGCCCCUGGCUGUGCCCCCGCCGGGAGCUGUGCCCCCUGCCCUGCACCUCAAUCCCGCCUUCUUCCCGCCGCCCACCGCUGCCCUGGGACCCCCUCCGGACACCUACGGCAAGGCCAUGGCUCCCUACAACCACAGCAGCCGGGAGCUGGGCCCGCCGAUCCCGGCUGUGAGCGAAGGCGAGUUUGAGGAGAUCAUGAACCGCAACCGCGCCAUCUCCAGCAGCGCCAUUUCCAAGGCGGUGUCCGGCGCCAGCGCAGGGGAUUACAGCAACGCCAUCGAGACGCUGCUCACAGCCAUUGCUGUCAUCAAGCAGUCGCGUGUGGCCAGCGACGAGCGGUGCCGCGUCCUCCUCUCUUCCCUCAAGGAUUGCCUGCAUGGAAUUGAGGCCAAAUCCUACAGCAGCAGCUCCAGCAGCAGCUCCAGGAAAAGACACCGAUCCCGGGAGCGCUCUCCCAGCCGGUCCCGCGAGAGCAGCCGGCGGCACCGGGAUCUGCUCCACAGCGACGAUCGGCACGAGGAUUAUUUCCAGGAGCGGAGCCGGGAGCACGAGCGGCAUCGGGACAGGGACAGAGACAGGGACCGGCACCACUGAGACAGGAAUUUGGCAGGAAGUGGUUUUUAAUGGACUCGUAUCUCCUCACCUCGACCAGGACGCCGUGCCCGAGGCCGCUCUGCCCCAUCCCGGUCCCUUCCCCGCCACCCCCAGCCCCCUCCAGGCGGGACCCCCGCCUGCACCUCGUGGCCUUGGGAAUCCCCCCCCACCACUGCUGCUGCUUCCCGGGGCCAUCCCGCUCCGCUCUGUGGAUACUUGGACCCAAAGAGAAAUGGUGCUUUUAUUCCAUGGAGGGAGGUUUGUGAGCCCUUCCCAGUCUGGGGGGAGGAACGGAGGGGAUGGAGCCCUCCCUGUGCAGCUUGGGGGCUUGGAGAUGCACGGCUCCUAAUCCUGGCAUCAGGAGCUAUGUGCCAUCCUCUGGAUUGCCUGGGGACACUCCCAUCCCCAUCACCCUAGCAGGACACUGUGCCACGCUCCUCCUGUGCCCCUUCACCCUCCAGGAGCUGGGAAGAAGGGGCUGGAGCUGGGCUGGGGGUCACCCUCUCUAUCCUGACAUUCCCCACAGCAGCAUUCCCACCCAAACGGCAGCUCCGGCCUCUCCCGCAGAGCCUUCCUUGUUUUAGAGGAAGCGGAAGAGGCAGGGCAGGCUGUGACCCUCUCAUGUCCCCUUGGGAUCCCAAGAAGGAGAGGGAGAGCCCAGGAGGGUCGGGAUGAGCCGGGACACACUGGGUGACUUCCAGGGCUGGAAUCAUGCCCGGGUGGGAAAACCCAGGCCCUGGAAGUCUUUUUAAGUUGAAAUAACACAAAUUCAGGAAAAGCCACCCCAAUUUUCCCAAGCCCCACGAGGUGGGAGCAUACGGCGGGAAAGCUCCGGGUUUUUUUUUUACUUACCGCCACAGAUUUUUAGUUUCUUUCCAAAUAGUGGAAGGGGGGAAAAGUUUCCCCCCAAAUUGCAGAGCAAAUCCCUGGAAGCCCCGGCGAGGCGCCGCCCCUCCUGCUCGCAGUGAUUAGAUUUGUCUUUGGAUAGGUUGGAAUUGUGUAAUAAACUCGGAUGACGUUGUCAGUCUUUUA